AUGCACGGUAGAUACGUUGAUGUUGCUAGGGAGAAGCGAACUUUGGAUUCGACUUCCGGUGAAGAAGGACAACCUGAUCGGAAACGACCUGCUUUGGCUAGUGUAAUUGUUGAAGCCUUGAAGGUAGACAGUCUGCAGAAACUGUGUUCAUCACUGGAGCCUAUUCUACGCAGAGUUGUUAGUGAAGAAGUGGAGCGUGCUUUGGCAAAACUAGGCCCAUCCAAGCUUAAUGGGAGGUCUUCUCCGAAGCGCAUUGAAGGCCGUGAUGGCAAAAAUUUACAGUUGCACUUCAAGACCAGACUAUCCCUUCCCCUUUUUACUGGUGGGAAAGUGGAGGGUGAGCAAGGUGCAGCCAUUCAUAUUGUUUUGGUUGAUGCAAACUCAGGCCAUGUUGUCACGUCAGGCCCAGAGUCAUGUGCCAAACUAGAUGUCUUUGUUCUUGAGGGGGAUUUCAAUAAUGAGGAUGAAGAUAAUUGGGGUGAAGAGGAGUUUGAGAGUCAUAUUGUGAAAGAGCGGGAAGGAAAAAGGCCUCUUCUAUCUGGUGAUUUGCAAGUCAUACUGAAGGAGGGUGUAGGAACACUGGGUGAGCUCUCAUUUACCGACAACUCUAGCUGGAUAAGGAGUAGGAAGUUCAGAUUGGGGCUGAAAGUUGGCUCAGGUUUCUGUGAAGGAAUGCGUAUCCGUGAAGCCAAAUCAGAAGCUUUCACUGUUAAGGAUCAUCGAGGAGAAUUAUACAAGAAACACUACCCACCUGCCUUGCAUGAUGAGGUUUGGAGACUAGAGAAGAUUGGUAAAGAUGGUUCCUUUCACAAAAGGCUAAAUAAAGCAGGAAUAUACAAUGUUGAAGACUUCUUAAGACUUGUGAUCAGAGACCCUCAGAGAUUGCGGAAUAUUCUUGGGAGUGGCAUGUCAAAUAAGAUGUGGGAUAUCCUUGUUGAGCAUGCUAAGACUUGUGCUCUUGGUGGAAAACUUUAUGUAUACUAUCCUGAGGAUGCAAGAAACGUUGGUGUUGUUUUCAAUCACAUUUAUGAAUUGAGCGGCUUAAUUGCUAACGACCAGUAUUACUCAGCUGAUUCCCUCUCUGAGAGUCAAAAGAUUUAUGUAGACACACUGGUGAAGAAAGCCUAUGAUAAUUGGAUGCAUGUUAUUGAGUAUGAUGGGAAGUCUCUACUAAGCUACAAUCAGGAUAAAAAUUUGGAUACUCUUCAUCCUCAGGAUCCCAUGGGUUCCCAUGAGUAUUCAAACUCAAUUCAGCAGAUUUCCAUUCCUAGUUUGCCACAACCAGUACAUACAGGCCAACCUUCGAUGGAAACAGGAGCAAUAGUUGGAGUUUAUCAUGAUGGUACAACUACCAGAUUCCCAUUGCCAUCACAGAAUGCUAAUCUUAAUUCUUCCAUCCAAUUUGAUGAUAAUGCAUUUUCACUACAAAGCCAGUUGAUGAGUGUUCCCCACCAAGCUCAACUUCAAAGAAAUGAAAAUGGGUUGACUCAUGGUCUGCCACAAACGGCUACACAUGGGUUCCAGACUGCCAGCAUUUCGAAUUCUACUUACAGAGGAGUUGAAGACUUGUUCCCGGAGGAAGAAAUCCGAAUUAGAAGUCAUGAGAUGCUAGAAAAUGAAGAUAUGCAGCAUCUGCUCCGUAUUUUUAACAUGGGAGGUCAUGCACAUGCUUCCUUCAAUGCUCACGAAGAAGGGUACCCUAAUACAUCUACAUACAUGCCUUCAAAUCACACGAGCUACAAUUUUGAUGAUGAGCCAAACCGUUCCUCAGGCAAAGCUGUUGUGGGCUGGCUCAAGCUUAAGGCAGCUUUGAGAUGGGGUAUUUUUGUUCGGAAGAAGGCUGCUGAAAGACGGGCUCAACUUGUUGAGUUAGAUGACUCGUAAAGAUAGAUAGAGUCAUCUGUUAUGAUAUGUCACAGUAAUUUUCUGGUUGUAGUAAGGAAGGAUUCUUUCCUAACAUUAAGAGUUGCCAUCAUGCUCAAAUUUCGUACAUUAACUUUGGGCAAGGACAUGGAACCUGGACUAAAUUAUUUGAUGCUGGCUUAGCAUUAAGAUUCCAGUGCUAUAAUUCAUAAAAAGUUGUGCGGUGAGACCUGCCCAUGCAAGAAUAUGGCUCUGCAACAUGUCUCCUAGCUUCUUGAGAUAUAUUCCACCCAGCAUUACUGUCUAAAAGUUGUGACGGCUCGAAAGUUCGCCAGUUUUGGACUGAAGUCAUUUGUUGCUUGAAGUUUGCAAGGUCUAACUAAGCGUUAACUCCCAGAAAGUUGAAAUCUUAGUACAUUUGCUAGGCUGCAUUGAAUUCCGUUUUAAACUGAUGUAAAUUUCUUGCUUGAAGUAGGUUAGAUUUUCAACCUAAUUUGUGUCUUGUUCAGCUGCCGUGCGGUAUAAUGAUAAUUAUCAAUUUAAACUGUUAAGUGCUUGGACUACUGUUUACUGCAUAACUUGUCAUGGGAUAGUAGUCUUGUGGCCAUCUAUUAAGAAAUAUAUACUACAACCGACUUGUUAUAAUGCUGAACAUAGUUGUAACAUGGGGUUUACGUUGAUGAUAACUCGUCAACUUGGUUUUUCUAUAAUA